AUGGCCAGAAAAAAUGUAAGAAAACGAGAAAUUGUUUCCGAUGAUGAGUAUGAUGAUGACUUUGAUGUAAACGGUGCUAGUACAAGUGAUAGCGACCAUGAUGCAAGUGAGAUACACCACAGUUUACAAGAAGCCUUUGCGAAUAAACCUACAACAUCUCAAAGUAGGAGUGUUCCAAUGAAGAAAGAGCCCGAAAAAAAGCCUAGCCCUUACCAUUUUCACAAUCUUUCUCCUCAUACGUACAUGCCAUAUGUUCCUGGAUAUUGGACGGCGCAAAAUCAUUAUCGAAUGCCACAGGACAUUAUUAUCUCAUCAAUUCGAAAAUUUGGUUCUGAAGGUCUCGGUCGAGUUGAGUUAGGGCAGGUGAUUGGGUUUGAUGCGAGCACAAAACCCGGCGGAAGGCGAGUUAGCAAUUAUAUCACAAUGGCGACGUCGGAAAACCCACAACAUGUCGGACAAUAUCAAAAAAUGGACGGAAAAGUUCGGACGAUACGGUAUUUCUGGAAAGAAAGCGAACAUCCUGAGAAAUUCCAAAAAUUCCUGGAAGAGUUUCAACAACUCGCUGAUAUCCCAUGUCCGUUCAAGAUCGGCCAAGUUAUUAAGUUUCCAGAGGAGAAUAAACUGAAUACGUUACGAAUCUCUGAUGUCACUCUUCAACGUCUUAACAUGAUUUUACGAAUUCUUGAGGAAAAUGAUGUCGUUGUCACUAUGCACAGAAUAAAUAAAAUGAUUUCGGACGAGGAACACGCUCAGGGAUACAACUAUCAGAUUGCCAAAAAAUCACUGCUAAAAUGUCUUUUAGCGUUGAAAAGGCAUGGUUUGGUUCAAAUUUACGAGAGAAUUGUUCGAUCAGAUGCCAUUGAUCACAAGGUGCAUAUUAUUUGUCAUCGAAGUAUUAACUCUUCUGAUGAUCCGAAGAUUUCGUCCGCUAUUGAAGCAAUUCUUGAUGCAUUUCAUCAGCAGGGCCGUGUGUUCCCGCAUGGACAACUUAGAUCUUACAAAUUGAAAAAUGUGCAAUCAUCGGAAGAAUCAUCCGUGUACGAUAAGCUUUUGGAAGAUGUCGAGACUGACGUAACUUUGCCGAAAACGGUUGAGGAACGAUUACAGUUACUCCGAUUACAAGAGGUUAAAAAUGGAAUUCUUUCGGCAAAUGUGGAUAAAAGUGAGAAAGAUGAAGAAAAUGUACAAGACGAGUUUGUUGAAGAAGGGGAUAUCACGAAUUCUCAAGAGGAAUUAGACGAAUCCAGACAGAAUCAUAGUUCCUUGGAACCUCAUUUAUCAACGCCACAGAAGACACUUACGAGUUUAAACAUUCCACACUGCAUCGUCUCUUCUUCUCGACGAAACCAAUCAUACUAUAAUGGUUUAUCUGGACUAGGUUAUCAGUCAAAAGCGAUUCGAACACUUUUAUUGCACGAAAUGGCGUUUAAUUUUGUGCAUGGACCCGAUGACUCUCAAUCCCCGAACGUUCAUGAAAUUUUUGAUAUCAAGAAGCCAAUUCGUGAUUGGAAAGUGUAUGAACAUGAAGAUUUGCAUGUUUUUGUAGACGAGGAUUCGCCUUACAGAUUCAUGCCAUCAAAUCCAUCUUAUGAAGGAAUCCAAAGAGGAUGGUUCCUACUUCAAGAUUUUCUCACUGCACUUCCUCUCUCUGUUUUGGUCAUGGUCGCUCACAUUCCCCUUAAAAUUGAUCGUCCAAAAAUGAUGUCGUAUUUGUCGCAUAAAACGAAAAGACAUUUAUGCAUUGGAUACCUUGAGCCAUCAUUAAGAACAUCGCUUCUAACAGAUAAAAAAUUGUGGCGCCAAAUUGAACAGAUACUGUUAUAUCUUGGUGCAAUGGGUCUCACAGCGAUCGCACCGUGUCCAUCAACAAAACGAUUUUCAUCGCCGAAUUCGUCUAUAUUUUUCAUUUCUAAGAGGGGUGUUCUUUAUGAUACGAGUACUAGUGAAAAGGGUUAUGCGACAGUUACACUGCCGCUUACAAUAUAUCAACGAUAUGAAUAUAAUUUCAACACGAAGCUUGACGUUCAAGAAUAUUGGCAUCAUUUACGGGCAAUCGUACAGUCGACACCUUUAAAUCUUCGAUUGGAUCACAUUGGUGAUGGAAACACUAGGUAUAAAAUGUAUUCGAUUGGUAAUUUUGACAAGAGUAUAAUCGAAAAACCGUUGAAUGAAGAGAUCGAAAUGAUUAAUCCGAUUGAUCCUCGCGAUGGUGUAGCUGGAUUCGAUAGCGCUUUAUAUUUGCAUCUCAAACGACAUUGGGAUCUCAUCACAGUCCCUCACGAUUGUGUUGGAUGGUUUAUUGCCAGAUAUCGAAAGGAAUCGGAGUUGCUUAAGCCUAAGAUUGAGCAUAAAGUGAGCAAUAUUCAAAGGGACUGGAAUAGUUUUGUCAAGUCGAUGAUGCCAACUGAUAUGGAAUUAAGCAAAGUCAAAAGACAGACGAAUUUUCAGAUUUCCGCAGGAUUUCAUAUCGCACGAAAUUCUGUGAGAAGCAGCAAUCGACCUGAAAACCCGAUGAUAAAGAAUAUGAAACGAAGAAAACCGGAUAGUGUGGAUUUGAUGAGCACAAAAUCGCGAACGACUCUUAGAUGUCGAUUUACACCGAAAGAGCGAGAUCAGCUUGUGAUGAUCAGAGCUGUUGGAUUCUUUUUGAAUCCCGUUUAUCGAUUUUGGCUCGAACCAGGGGUUCUUCGAGAUCUAAUGCAUGAAUAUGUGCCCGAAUCACGAACGAAAACGGUGCAAAGUCUGAUGGCGUGCGGAGUUCGAGAUCUAGUUCGGCCCAACCGACUCGCAUAUUUACGAAGAAUUGUGAAAAAUUUGUCGACAUUCCCAGAAAUGCUCAAAAUGCGGCACGAAUUGUGCACUUCUCCAAUGUCGGACCCUGCGUCAAAAAGCGAAUUCUUCAAAGAAGCUUUCCGCAAAGCCAGAGAACUCCUGUUCAUGGAUACUGGUCUCCUUCCAAGUACUUCUGUGAGCGAUUCGAGUUUCAAUGAAUAUUUGGCCGAGAAUCAUGUUGUGAUUACGCGUGAAAGUACGUCAUCCAUUCCGAUGCCGUUGAGAUCACGAAAACCUGAUGGAAUUCUUCACAUUCAGCAUUGUAUGGCGUCAAAUGUCAUUUUGUCGGUUCUCCUUCACGGCGAGGAUGGCGAAUUAUCGGAAGAGAUUUUGGAUCAAAUAUCGCCAAGUGUUCUUCAAACUGUUCUACACAUAUUCCGUACAGAUGGAAUUAUCACGAAACAUCGGGAUAAUCGGGAUACUGUAACGAUGAAAAAUCAAGCGAUGUUAACGCAUUAUUAUCGUCAUUUCUUUUCCCAUCGCUUUCAUCCGGAUAUAGUCGAUAAUUGUGGAUUAGCGUUUGACGAAUCUACAUCAAAUGAUGAUAUUGAAUUGGCCGAUGAUAACCCUUCUGGUAUAGUUAUCGCUAGCACGGCCCUUUAUAAUCCAGAAUAUACGCUGGAUGUCGAAAUUGACAAAGAAGUGAUGGAAGUGUUCAAUCAGACCAUAGAUGAUAAUAUCACGAAGAAGAUCAGAUAUCUCGAAUCGGCUGAUUUGAAAUUUGAAAUGAUUCAUGUGUAUUUUUCGAAAGUCCCUGCAGAAGAAGAGAAAGUUAAUGAAGGACAUGUGACUACCGCCGAAAUUCUGAAAAUACUUGACAAAUCCUACCCAGCCAACGAUCCAGACGAAGUGUUUGAGCAAUGGAUUCAAAAGUUUUCGGGAUCAAAAGAACGGAGAUUACGAGAACUUUCUUGUAUAAUCGAUGCAACCACUCAUAACGGAGCGCCGCUCGUCGACAUACGACAUGAUUUAAAACCAUAUUUGGAAGAAUUAAAAUUGGCUCGUUAUAUUGUCGAAGUCGGUGUCGAUCAAAUUCGAUUUGUUUCGCAUCGAUUCGCAGCUGCAUGGACAGUAUCUGUUAACGGAAUGAGAUAUUCUCCGAGGCCUUGGAUCAAACCAAAAUCUGGUCUAUGCAUAUCAACAAUUCGAUGGAUUUCCGAGAGUUUUCUGAUGACCAUUAUUUCGAAACCAGGAAUUCAGCUCAAGGAUCUCUCAUUUGAUUUCGAAUUUGUAUUGCAACCGAUAGCUAUCAAAGAAAUCGUCGACAUGUUGCACACGAUUGAUAUAAUUGAAGUUUCGACGAAACAAUACCAAAAUAUUCGUAUGUCGUCACCAUUUGCCAAAGGUUGUAAACGAUGA